AUGAGUCGUGCUGAAGUUGAUUUGCAAAUCAGUGUCCGUAAGGCUUGCAAUGCUGAAGAAGUUCCUCCGAAGCGGAAGCAUGUUCGUGCUUGUAUUGUGUAUACGUGGGAUCACAAGAACUCAAGAGCGUUUUGGAAUGCAGUGAAGAUUCAACCGUUGCAAAGCAGUGAAAUCCAAUUGUUUAAAGCAUUGAUAAUGAUCCACAAAGUUCUUCAAGAAGGCCACCCUAACACAUUGAAGGACAGUUACAGAAAUAAGGAUUUUUUGUAUUCAUUAUCGACAGUUUUUCCUAGCUCAAGUAGCUAUGGUCGUUUGAUCAAUCAGUAUGACCGAUUUCUUUUGAGCAAAUUGGACUUCCACAGGAAUAAUCCUGGUUUCAAUGGAAUGUUCGAGUAUGAAGAGUAUAUUUCAUUAAGAACGGUGAAUGACCCCAACGAAGGAUAUGAAUCCAUUUUGCAAUUAAUGGACUUACAAGAUUCCAUCAACGAGUUGCAGAAGCUCAUCUUCGUAACUAUUCAUCAAUCCCCAAAUAACUUGUGCAAAGUCAGUGCUUUGGUUCCAUUGAUUUCAGAAUCUUAUGGUAUCUACAAAUUCUUAAUUUCAAUGUUAAGAGCUAUGUAUCAACAAUUGGGCGAUGAUGAAGCUCUAUCCGUAUUAUUUGAGAGAUUUGACUCACAACACUUUCUUUUGAGAGAUUUCUACACCGAUUGUCAAUCAAUUAAGUUCUUGACAAGUUUGAUUACUAUCCCAAGAUUAGGAGGCAAUCCUCCAAACUUGAGAAUUAGUGAUGAUUCUGAGAAUCCAUCUACUGAUACAGCACCUGUAAGUAAUGAUUCUACUUCUCACUUAUCACAACAGCCUACCUCAAAUGUUGAAACUCCUUCACUUCCUCCUCCAGUUGAUCUGAUUCAUUUGCAACAGACAGGAAUUUUCGAUCAGCAACAACAGUUCCAGCAGCAGCAGCAAUACUUAGAAGCUCAGCGUCAGCAACAGUUAGCUGAGCAAGCCGAAAGGCAAAGGAUGUUCGAGCAACAAAAGAGGGAACAAGAACAAAGAAGAUUGCAAGAGCAAGAAUAUUUGAGGCAGCAACAAACUCAAGCACAGGUUCUGCGUGUUUCAGAAUUAGAACAUGACCUAGUCAUGUUUAAAAACCAAUUUGAUAAUGACCAGGCAUUAUUGCAACAGUACGAUGCCCGAGUGAAUACGUUGGAAAACGAAUUGGCGAAAAUUAAUGAGACCGCCACACAACAAGUCGCGUCUAAAGAUGAACAGAUUAAAACUUUGGAAGAACAGGUUAAUAACUGGGCCAAAAAGUAUGAAGCUCUCGCAAAGUUGUACUCUCAGUUGCGCCUGGAACACUUGAAUCUUUUGGCCAAAUUUAAGAAGAUUCAACAAAAAAUUAGCAGUGCUCAAGAGUCUAUAUUGAAGACUGAGAAGGUUGAGAAAGAUCUUAAAGCGAAAAAUCUUGAACUAGCAGAUUUGAUUCGUGAACGUGAUCGUGCUAGAUUGGACUUGGAUCGCACAAAAGCGUCUAAAGACCAAGAAAUCGAAAAGUUGCAAGCAGAAAUAAGAGAAUUGAACGCGCAGAUGAAUGAUUCUGGGAAGUUACAUUCCACCAAUCUCGACACAUUGCUUUCCAAACAUCAACAGGAAAUUGAUAGACUCAAUGCGGAGCUAGUAGAGAAAGAUAUGAAGCUCACUUCUUUGGGUGAUAUCAGUGAGAUCCAGGAAAAGUUGAAAGAAAAGGAUGUGGAUAUUGAAAUUGCACAAGAAUCAUUGGAUAGUGCAUUACAAGAGUUGGCUACAUCGAAAAAAUUCUAUUUGGAACAUGGAGUCAAAAAGUUAUUGAAUUUGUUGGAUGUCAUUUUGGCUAAUAAUGUCAGACGUAUACAGGACUCGAAGCACGAGUUGUCUUCGCCAAUGCAAGCUGGUAACUCCAACGCUUCACCGGAGUAUUUGUUAUCCGUCAUUGAUUUAUGUUCUGACACUGCGACUGACUUUGCUCAGGCAUUCAACAAUUUCAUUGCAGAAAGUAAUGUAUCAUAUGAAGAUCCUGAAGAUUCCACUCAUUCCGAAAUCAUUUUAGCAAGUUCUGAACUUACUGCGACAAUCAAUGAUUUGAUGUUAAAUGCAAAAGGUUUGAGUCGGAACCUAUCUACCUCAGAUGAGGAAAGUCUUGUUAGUCUCAUCAGCACAAUGCUUACUAGCGCGGAAUCCUUCUUCCUGAGUUUAACAUCUGAUACUUUAGAUGAAUUAGACAGUGACGAUGACAAAAUUGAUUUUGUCAUUGAUUGCAAUGUUCUGUUUCAACAUUCAUUGCAAGACGUCUCCUCUUUGGUUGAUAAACUUAGAGGCAGAAACUCGUCAAAGCUUAUCAAAGGUAAGAUCGAAGAUGCCGUUGAUAAUGAGAUGGACGAAACCGCCAAGGCUGUCGACUCAGCAACUGAAUUUCUCAACAAGCUUUUGCUUUCAGCCUCUCAGUCAUCAAAUUUCGAAAUUCAUGAAUCUAUUGUAUCCGCAGCAUUAUCGAUCACAAAAGCUAUUCAAUUAUUGAUCAUCGCUGCUACCAAAUGCCAGAGAGAAAUUGUGGAUCGCAAUAAAGGUAACGGGACAAGAAGGGACUUCUAUAAGAAAAACAACAGAUGGACUGAAGGUUUAGUUAGUGCUGCGAAGGCGGUAGCUGGUGCCACAAACAUUUUGAUCCAAACAGCAGAUGGUGUCCUUAAAAAUGAAAAUUCCCAUGAGCAGUUGAUCGUUGCAUGUAACGAAGUGGCUGCAUCUACUGCGCAACUCGUUGCAGCUGCGAGAGUGAAAGCUAAUUUCAUGUCUAAGCUGCAAGAUGACUUAGAAGGAUCUUCAAGGACUGUUAAUACAGCAUGUAAGUCGUUAGUGGCUAAAGUUCAGUCAUUACUUACUAAUGCUGGUGAUUCAGACCAAUCUGUUGAUUUGAGCAAGCUUACGCCAUAUGAAGGUAAAACUUUGGAAAUGGAGCAGCAGGUUGAAAUCUUAAAACUUGAAAACCUGUUGGUAGCAGCCAGAAAGAAGCUUGCUGAAAUUAGAAAGUUUGGUUACAAAGACGAUGUGUCAGAUGAUGAAGUUUGA